AGGAGGCAUCAGUUCUACAGGAGACUUGGAACCAUGAGGACCUUUGUGUGUGUGCUGGUGGUGCUCGGCGCGGUGUCAGCCCAGGAAGCCACUGACCCCUCUGCCAUUGUGGACGUCAACACUGUCGCCAUUGAUGCAGGAGCCACCGCCACUGCUGACGCUGGGGCCGCUGCUGCUCCCGCCACUGCCUCCGCCUCCGCCUCCGCCGCCGCCGCUGCUGGAGGUCUCGCUAACCGUGGCACUGUUGGCUUGACGCUCGGCCCUGCUUUCUACGGCCCUGGACUGCAGAACCCCACAGCCAUCGCGCCCAACAAGAAUAUCGUGACCAUCCUGCAGAAUUAUCUCAGGACCUCAGGAAAUACCGACCUUCGUGUGUUCGUGGACGUCGAUGGCGCCAUGCACUUCACCAACCAGUUCGGCCAGGAGACAGAGGUGCUGGAUCCCACUAUCAACGAGUUCCUGGAGCUGGGCGCUGACCCCUUCGAAAUGCAGGAGCGCCUUACUGAACUCCGCCAGCAGUCCCUCGAGCAAGCCAUCCUUCGCUGCGAGACAGAGAUGAGGCAGCGUUACUUCACUGACCCCGCCUCCUUCACCCCUGCUCUUCUUAAGGGCCUCAACAUCCCUGCCGCUGGUGGUGCUGGUGGUGCUGCUGCUGUGGGUGUUGGUGCUCGUGCUGUUGUGGCGUAAUCAGCAUUCCACAGCACUCCAUAUCACUCUAGUAGUUAAUUUUCUCCUACCUUCUUAUGUCCUCUUCUCUCCUCCAGUUUCUUGCUUCCUGUGGCUAGCACGUAUACUAUUAUAAUCCACAUGUGCCUUCCCUUGUACUUAUCUAAGGCUCAUGUGCUCCUGCAGUAUUUGUAACUUAUUACAAUAAAUGAUAUUCGUA